CUUAACAGAUUGUCGGUAUGUAAGAAGCGAGCUUCCUUGUUUCACAAAAAGACAUAAAAUGCAGAAAAAAUUGGAAGCCAUCGAGGAGUUAAAACUGUGUUCUGAAACAGCAACCACAGUACUCAACGAGACCAAACAGUACUUAGAAGAAAUGAAAGAUCGAGAAAUAAUGAGUGAAGAAGCAAUUGCAAGUAUAAAUACGUCAACGACUGCGGAAGAGAUAAAACGCGCCUUGAACAAAAGACCCACCGUAGUUUUUAUUGGAAAUCGAAACUGCGGAAAAAGUGCUGUUUUGAAUGAGAUUUUGGGUGGAUCUUACCUUCCCGUGCACGAAACACCGUGCACUUCGCGUAUGGUCAAGAUCAGCUACACACCGGGCAAAAGCACAGUCAGAGUUGUCGACAAAAGUGGGCAAAUAGCUAAAUCUUCGAUUACGAUCCGCAAGAGAGUUCCUCAAGAUUAUGUAGUGGUUUGCGAUGAGGGCAGGGAGAAGUCAGAUCAGCUAAAGUGCACUGUCGAAAUUGCUUUGAAUCAUCCAUUUCUAGAAAGUGGCAUAGAAUUAAUCGACUCACCGGGCAGGAAUGAAAAUGACGCAUUAGAUGAAGUGGUAGAUGACUUCUUUGAGAAAGAAGCCACUCCAUUUGUAGUGUAUAUCAUCGAUGGAAACGAGCACUUGAGGUCAUCAGUAAGUAUAAGCUUCGCUGUUGAGUCAAUAAAUCAAAUUUAUAUGCCCGUUAAUCUUGAGUGAAGUAAGUAUGCAAUUGACGAUAUGUCGAGGUCGAAGUAAUUAUCAUAUUAGGCCCAGGCGGAAUGUACAAUAAGAUGGCCGAGAAGCUGUCAAUUCUGUUUUUUAGGUUGUUUCAAACAACUGAUCUGAGUUGUCUAAAAAACAAGAAAUUAAUUCAUCAAUAACACGGCUAAGUGACGCGGUUAUCUCAAAAAGCAAACUUCAAGAAAAUCGUGACUUCCGGAUGCUUUAUGGUACUUGCCUGGUCACAUCUGGAUACUGAAGAAAAAAAAUACGUGGCGAUGUUCUUACCACAGUUGACGUUCUCAUCUGUGACUCAUUCUUCUCAUUAUUCUUUUCAUUAUUCAGUAAUGAAAAAUGCCUCGAAGCAGUGACCACUGUGGUAUAUAUUGACAGUCAUAAAGGGAGUAUUUAACAAGAUUUAGGUGCUCCCCGAGGAGCCAGGCAGCCAGGGUUAGAAAUGUUUAAGACGAAACUUGUGUUCGUAAUGGGGCUGGCAAAAUUUUAAUUUUGAACUAAUGCUUGAUAAUUUGAAAAUGGAGAAGGGUUUAAGCCCUGGAUAUUACUCCAAGAACGCAGGAUGCAAUUCGGAUAAUUGGAAUUGAAUCAAACCCAUAGAGGAAACCAAUCUGGUCCUGGCUCAAGCUUUGUCUGACCUCUGAAAAAUGCCAUCGUAAUCAUCAAACAGCUAAUAAAGAACAUUUAUAGUAGUUUUAGUUACAAUGAUGAAGUUGUCAUCGAAUGCUUUUUUUUGCUUCGCUUCUUUUAUUUCUUAACGCACAGCCCGCGCCCUAGGUAGUACUAUUAAUGUUUUGUCAAUUCUAAAAAUACUAAGCGAUACCAAUAUACACACCUGAACGACACGAAGACUACCUUGCAUCCCCCACUCGGGGAUAGGAGUUCGACUUGUGGGUACGCCUGAUACAAUCGUUGUACUAGCCCCCGGUAUAAUAUCUCUUCAUACCUUUUUCCACGUUUACGACUAAACGGGUCUACACAAUUUAUUUCUUUCAGGAUCUUGACACAAUCCGUUUCUUGCAAGAUAAAUAUCCGCAUUUGUCAUUUAUGUUCGUCUGCAACAAGGUAGACACGUCUGCCGAGACACAAACGUUCGACAGCAGAAGCGGAGACGACCUCGAUUCCGACGACGAAGAAACACGAAUGACAACGGAUGAAGAAACCAGCGAAACCAAGGAAACCAAGGUCUUUUCCCAGCUGAAGGAACACGGUCUCCUAGUUGACAGUGACAAAGGAUCCCGCUUUUUCGGAAUUUCAGCGAAGAACACUCGAAUAGACAGAAGAGAACACAUUAAUGACAGCAAGGCGAGAAAGGCCUUUGCAAAAUUUGAAGACGGGCUGUUGGCUUUUCUAAACGAAAAUAUCAGGAGCCAGAGUGUACAUGCCGUGGAGAAGCUCCUUGUCUUGCAGAUAAGCAUUUUCCAGGCUAUGAGGAGAAGAACAAGAAACAAUCUUCCAGGAACCUUAUCUGCAAUCUCUUUGGAAUUAGACAAGGCCACAAGUAUCGGAAAAUCUUUGCAUGACGAAAUGAUGUCAACUAUUGCAAACAAAGACCCGAUGGGAAAGCUUGUAAAUGGCAGCCUACAGAGUCUUCGUGAAAGAUUUAUGUCAGUUGCAGAUCAAUAUCAGCUUUGUUCUAAGAAGCAGAACACAGAAAAGGAAUUAAAGGCACGCACUUUCUUCUUCAAAAAUCUGGUCAAGAUGAAUCACUGCAAGCACCAGCUCCCAUUCAGUCCAAACAAAGAAGACAUUCCUUUUCUUCGAUUCUUAAUAACCAUUUAUGGAGGGAUACAGGACUGGACUUUCAAUGUUUUACGAUGCUCUCUUAACAAGUUCAUGAGGGAGGCAAAGGUCCCUGUUGAGAUGCACACAAAAAUGAUCGAUAAUCUGGUCAUUCGCCAAGCAUUUCAUUUACAUUAUGGAACUGGGCAUUGGCCAAAAAGGAACAGUUUACUCAGUGGGGUUGAUUUCAUCUACACGUUUGCCAGCAAGAAGUUAAGAGAAGCCGUCACAAAGCUUCUCAUUGAAGGAUUAUUUCACGCAAUGAAAUGGAAAUCCUCCGAAGCCAACUUCAGAUUAGGGGAUGAGCAAACCAGAAGAAAAAUCAUCGAGCUAAUUCUUUCCAAAUUCAAUCGCCAGCUAAUUACUGAGUCACUAUGCAAAGCCUGUGCAGAUUGCCUCGAAAUGAUUCAUAGUGACUUGCUUAAUGUCAUCAAGAACAACCGCGUCACAAAUGAUGUUUUUUAGCCGACGUCUCCCAAAAACUGAAGGAAAUAGCGGCUCUGUACAUUCCCAAAAUGAGUCUCCUAACAGUUGAAACCUUCGCCCUCAACUUUCGGGUAGCCAUAGGUCCAAUUAAACUUGGUCCGGUUCUAAAACCCACAAAACACGGCCAACUUCAUGACUGCUGUGGCUGGGCGAAUAUGACACACCCAGAAGCAAGCGUUGCGAAGGUUAUCGAACGCGGAAAGGUGAAGCCGGAGAUCUGGUCUCAGACCUCAGUGGACCUUUUCGACACCAUGUAAGUAGGAUUGGCACAAGCUUGGUGUGGUGCAGUGUACGUUCCUCGUUCAGUUUGGCUCAGGCUGGAGUUGAUCCUUCAGCUCCGAUCUGAGAAUUACCUUCCAGCCACAAACCCAGCCCUGAUCAAUCUUUUAGGCUAGCCAUAAACUUCUUUUCGAGAGGCAUUCUCGAAACAAAAAAGUGGCAAAUUUGCUACCGAACCUACGCAGUUUUAGUCGCAAACAAAAAGCUAUAGGUCUGUGUAUGAGGUCGUGAAGUGACGAACAACGGCCGGUUAAUCCCUACUGCGAUUAUGACUGCAAAGCGCUUUUGCCCGUUUUCUUUUCAAGUAAAGCGACAUAUAAUUUGUACAACUGAACGCUCCACAAAAAUAAUACUGACAACCUUUCGUUCUGUUUAUUUCGCGAUGUAGGGAAGUCCAGGCAAGGUUAAAAGAACCUCACAGUAACCUUCUCUAUCUGCAUGGUUGGCUCUUCCCUGAACCUGGAGUUAUUAACGUAAUAAUGGAAAGGGCGGAUUCAGAUGUCACCACCGCCCUUAAACAGGGGCUUUCUUUGAAGACACGCCUAAAGAUUGCAGAGGACGUGGCAAACGGAUUGGUGACUCUUCACGAAGCGAGAUAUAUCUAUCAAGACAUUAAAGUCGAUUCCAUUCUGGUAAGUAUCAAGGGCAUCGGGGAUUUGGCACGGGCUACUAACGAACGAUAAACAUUCAAGAAAGAAUAAAUCAAUUCCAGCUUAUUACUAUACAAUCCUUUCGUAACUUACAGUGUUUGCCACUGCUACUCUGUAUAAUCUAAGGACUUGCAUGUGUAAACAACAGACAAGACAAAGAAAGAGAGAAAGAAAGAACAAUUGAAAGUCAUGAACGAUCACUGCUGAAGAAAGCGAGCCUCUGAAAAUAUGCGAAACAAUUAGCCAACAUCCUAAAGUAACGUUUUCGAACUGCAAAAAUGAAGGCAAAGAUAUAUAAUAAAAGACUGCUAAAUUCAAAUGUAACGACGGUUAUCAGCUAUGGAAGUAUACAGGGACAGGUGCAUACCCUUUUUCGAAUAACGCCACCUUAACGAUUUACCCACUGGCCAAAACCUAGAUUCAGACAAGGUACGGAACCACAAGAAAAUAGUACAUUUAAGAGGCUUUUUUAUGCAUACACGCAUUGACGUUUAGAUAAAUAAAACGCAUGCUGGAAUUUCAAGAUAAUAUCACAAAAAGAAAAGAAUUGCGAAUAAUUAACGCUACCUGAUAUUUGUUAUCCUGUUGAUUUCGGCAGUUAACCCGAAAUGGCACAGCUAAGAUUAACAUGGCCAAAACUAAGAAGCCUUUCGAGCAAACACAGCAGGGAACGCCCUUUCACAUCUCCUUAGAGAUGUACAGAAACCAUAAAAGCCUGGAAAGCGAUCGCUCGUACGACAUCUAUGCCUUUGGAACCUUGCUGUGGGUGCUUUGCGAGGGGUCUGGGAACCAUCGUCCCAAGGCCUAUGAGAGAUACAACACUAUUGCGGCAAUGGAGGUGGCAGCUGAAAAGGAAAUAUAUCCCGAACGUCCUAAAGACUCCAGCGAUGCCUGCUGGGAAUUGAUGACAAAGUGCUGGCGCCAAAGGUGCGUUUUAACAGCAGUGGAGAUUUUGGAAGGCAUGAAGAAAAUUCUUCAAAAUAUGUACUGAAUUCAUGAGUUAAAAUAGAACUGUAAACUAACAAUUUAUACCUAGCCGAUUUUUUGAAAACGAAACUAACGAAAUGUGCAGCGAUUUGAAUAACAAAGGGCUAAAAGGCAGACUUUUUGCUCUCAAUAAGUUUGAAAAUCACACUUAGCGAAGGAAAAGGAAAAGAAAAAGAGAAAAAGAAACAGAAAGGAGGAAGAAUGGAAGAAAAAAGGCAAAAAGUAAUGGUUGCACUCUUAGGUUUUAUAUUGGCUACUUUAGAGAUAGUUUUUGAUAAAAAAAAGACUUCUUGACGGAAGAAGUCUGUUCGGUGGCAACGUUUUCAAAAAUCUGGUUGGAUAUAUCUCCUCGCAAUAAUGUGUCGUAGUUAUUACACACUGCGAAAACAAGCCUGUAGCUGUGAAAUGACGCAAAUAUUUAAUAGCAAGUUCUUACGUAGGAAAAGGCGUCCAAUAGCACAAUUCACAUCCUGCAAGAAGGGAACGGGGCAGUGUGAUCAGGGGACUGAGAAUGCAAGUCUCGAAAUGUGGACCACAACCCAGGUUUAAAUCCCGCUCUUAUUUGCUUCUCGGGCCGUCCCCACACCACGAUUUUAAAUAUGGAGUCAACUGGUUGCUCAGGCCAGUUGGGUUUUUUAAUCCUUUGUACAUAAUAGAUAAAUAAGUUCUUGAUUUGGAUGGGUUGAUACUAAUUCUUUAUGCGGUGCCUGUAAACUAGCUUUACUGAGCAACCAACAGCAUCAGCCACUAUGAACUAAGCAUUUAUAUAGUUUUAUAGAAAGUCAUAAGGUUCAAGGGGGUGUUCAGAAUUUAAAAUUGUCUUGAUUUAAAGAUUAGGUGAACCCCUUCUAAGAUUCUAAAUCUAGACAAACAAUUAGCAUUUACUUUGACUUUUGUAAAAACUUUAUCUUCAAAUUGAUCGUUUCAACGCAUCAGGUUUCUAUUGGAACUUCUAUCAACUCAAACAGGGACAUCCCUGAGGGCGUCAUUCCAGGACCCCAUAACUAUAAGCAGAACAACUCCUCUUAAGGGUACGCGAACAUUUUUUUAGAUUCAUUAAAUCAACUGACUCUGCGCACUCAGUGUGAUAAGCUAGAACCCAUCGCGCAACUUGGAAAAAAAAACAUCAUUUAUUCUUUGACAAGAAUUUGUCAGUUUAUUUCGGACAUAAUGUAAUAAAGUGUAGUUGGCAAUGAGAUGUUUGUAGUGCAAGGUAAAUCAGUGCUGCUCUGAGAAUGUAGAGAGAUAAAACUAACAAAAACACCCCCUGUUUAACCAAGAGUCAUGAUGAGCCUCGUUUGGUUUCAGAUUAUAUCCCUAGGAUUACAAUUAGAGUGCUGAAAGCAAAGUCACCU